AUGGGGGCAGUCGAUAUCGUUGACAUACCGAUUAGACUCACCGAAGAGCUGCUCGUCACCUUGGCAAUCGUCAUUGCGCUGGUGUUCAUAUGGACGUACCGCGCCAACAUAAUGAUGGCUCUCACUGGUGACACCAAGCUCCACGGUUCCUUUCUGGAUUGCGUAUGGUGCUGCUGCUUUCAGUGCUGUGGUCUGUGCACUGGCGAGUGGACCGGCUGUUUCACGAUGUUUCCAUGUUGUCCAGCAAGAUGGCGGAGGCAGAACCUCGUCCGGAUGGUCGGAAAACAAAUGGGUUUGUCCAAUUACACGGUCGAAUUGAGGAACUUGGUAGUGGGCGAUCUCCCAUUUGACGGUCGUGAAGACAUUUUCUUAUCCGUGGAAUGCUCGUCCAAUCCGGCGAUGAGGACUUCAGUCGCUGAGGAUAGGCUUGCCAAGGUCAUUCACUUCCCGGAAGUGCUGACCGUUCGAGUCCGGCACUGUUUCUUGGAAGAGAAUGUUCGGAUCACUGUCCUGUGUCUGAAUGUCGUCGGGUCCGAGGAGCUGUGCACUAUCACCAUGAGUGCCAUGAACGUCAUCGACUGGGCACGUGAUCCGUCAGAGAGGAUCAAGCGUUUCCAGCUGAAAACUGUGAAUCAUAACAACAUCGACCGAGAGACCCCAGCGUGGUUGCUCGUCGAAUUUGGCGAACCAAUAGAGGUUCGCGACCUGGACAACAUCAGAUCCGUGGACACAAUCAGGACCACAACCCACGACAUGACAAGGUUCAGCCAACACAGCGUGGCGGAGUACAAGCACACUUACUACUUGCUCGAUGCAGCAGGCCAUGCUAUUGAUGAGCCCUUCGAAGAGGAUUUGUCAGACAUUCGCAGAAUGCGUACAAAUGCAUCGGACUUAGGCUUAGGAUUCAGGCUGCUCCUUUCGACUGCGUUGGUCUGCAAGCCGAGUUGA